AUGCACUGCGUCGACGUAGCGGCCCUGCAUCCAGUCAUAUCGAAGCUGGACGAAGGAGACAAAAAGGAGCGGCUGAUCUGUACAGCGAAUCAAGCUCGUCUUGUAAGCGAUCCCCCGGGCGACGGCAUCUCGGUAGGACUGCUGAAGCGCAUGAAUGGUGUCGGCUUGGCUGCAGAAGGUAUCCUCUCGAUCCCACAAAUACGAGAUCGUGGCCAUCGUGAGACGAACGUCGUCGGCAGAAACCCUGGGAACGAAGCCGGUGACGCCCACAGCUGGAGCAGACCUUUCACGAGAUUCAUUAGCGGCCGGGAUGUCGGAUCUGGACGCAUCUGGGGCCGCCGGAGGAGAGCAUACCACCCGCGAUCCGGCGAUCUAGAUGGCGAGUCUCGGGAUGGAGACGAGGGUCUGGUCGGCUGUCGAUCUGGCGAUCCUGUGGGGAUUGUGGGCGAUCCGGUUGGGCCUAGAUGGCGCGGAGACCCAGGCCGAUCGGGGACCGCUGGGGUGUGUCCUCCGAGAUCGGGCGAUCCGGGUGGCGACAGGUCGCGAUCCGGAGACAGAAACAUGGUGGGUCCUUCUGAAGAGAUCGGCGAGGUGGGUGGAUGCGUCGGAGAGGCCAUGAGACGGACUUGA